AUGGUGAAGUUGCUUCUGCGGCAUGGAGCCGACCCCAACGCUGGCAACGGUGUCGACGUGCCGGCGUCUCCUCUGAUGGCCUGCCUCGCCGAGAACGAGGAGCAGGGCCCAUCUUGGAAUGCCGAGGGGGUCAAGAAGAUUCUCGAAGAGCUGCUGGCAUCUCGCGCCGAUGUGAAUGGGCGCCCAUCCCACAUCGAAGCCGGAGAGCCGUUUCGAUCAUCGGUCUUUGCGGCGGCGAGGGAUCCGUGGAGAGGCGUCCUGGGCCUGCUGCUGUCAGCAAGGGCAGAUGUCAACACACCUGAUGACUACGGUGAUGCGCCCCUUUACGCCUGCAUCAACUCCGGGACAGAAGAGGCGACCCAACUUCUGUUGGCCCACGAGGCGGACGUCAACGCAGAGGAUGGCGAUGGAAUCUCUGCAGCCGUGCUGCAGAUUAUGCGGAGGAGGUUGCGGCGUAGGGGCAGUAGACUUAGCGAAUCAUGA